AUGAGGGAAGAGAUCCUUGCGCUCAGAAAAGAAAAGCUAAACUAUCAGAAACAGAUAGCGAAGUUGGAGAAGAAAGCUAUCGCUCAAGAAAGAGAGCUGGAAGAACUCAAAGCUAAGAUGGAUACUGUUCAAAAAGUAACAAUCGACGUACAGAAACGAUACGAUCUCGUGUUUAGAAACUUGCUUGCACUGUAUGAAGAGGCUAAAAAGAAUAAGGAGAAGAUUUAUAAGCUGGAGGAGGCAGUAUUUCGUUAA